GCCAGGACCCACUCCUAUUGCUGAAAACCCUUCAGCUCCUCUGGACAAAGAAAGAGAUGGAGAAGCUCAAGGAAGAAAUCAGGCGGGGCUUCGCAGGACUGCAGGACCCGUUGACAGGACUCCUGGACAUGCUGGAGGGCAGUGGUGAUUGGAAAGGGAAAGGGCAUUCCCUCGGGUAUUACAUCACCACGGAGCUGCAGCUUUGGAUAAAAGAGCAUCCUGCUGCUCAACAGUCUGGCAUCAAGCUGAAAAGGCUGCAGGCCCGUGUGCUGGGAAUACUAGCCCAGUGCCCAGCUAAUCUUCUUGACCCUUUGAUUAGCAUUUACCAGCUCCAUACAGCAGACCGGAACUAUUUGCUUGGACAUGUCAGUCAUCUUUAUCACAAGGGCGAUUACAAAGAGGCAGCCAUACUGAGUAUUAAGCUAAAAUUGCAGCCAGAUCAAGAUGUGGAGAAGAUGUGUACGCCGCUACUGCUUCAAGAUAAAAUUAACGUGGUGGAAGAUUAUGUGGAAGAAUAUCCUGAGCUCCAGAGCAAGCUCUUGCACAUCCUGGACACGUGGUGUGAACCCCAUUUUAAUAUCAAAGAUAUCACAAGACAGUACCAAGGCCUGUCCAGGUACAAACCAGAGAAAUUUAACCGCAAAAUGCUAAGCAAGCUGGUCUUCAGGCUCUUGGAGCGGUUUAAUGUAGAUCCAGCUCUCUGCCCCAAUGUCAUAAAUCAGCGGCACUUGAGAACUCUGAAAUACCUCUUUUACAAGAGAUUUGUUGAGAAAACCAUGUCUCAGGAGAACUGGACAGAUCACGUCCAGAGCACAGUUGGGGAGAAUAAAUGGCUUCAAGGGCACCUGAUACAGCUGCUCACCAGUUACUGUGAUCUGAACACGGCAGCAAGAUGGGCCCAACGCUGCAAUUUGCCCAAGGAGAUGCUGCCUUGUAGAUUGGCUGAUGAGCUUCAAAAGCUUCAGAUCCAAGAGAGAGUUGAAGAAGUCACAAAAGCAGAUAGUUAUGAAGAGAGUAAGAAGAAGGACUAUUACCAACUUCCCAUUCCACGGGCAAAUAUCCACUUCCUGCAGACAUGGGAAGAGACGCUGCAGUGCUGGGAAAAGGUGCUGCAGCCUGCGCAAGUUGUUGGCAUUGACAUGGAGUGGAGGCCUUCGUUUGGCAUGGUUGGGAAGCCCCGUGUCUCCCUCCUUCAGAUCGCUCUGAAGGAUGAGGUGUUCCUGCUUGACCUGCCCCAGCUGCUACAGCACACUGAGGUGGAUGAUGAGAAGGAGAAGCUUCCCAAUUUCAUCCAGAAGCUCUAUUCAGAUUCAUCCAUCACUAAAUUAGGUUAUGGGAUGUCUGGAGACCUUAGCAACCUUGCAGCCACAUGGUCUGCUUUGAAAGACACAGAUAAGAAAGCACAAGGUGUGGUGGACCUACUCACAGUAGACAAACGACUGCAGAAGCGUUCCAUUGACUGCAAGAAGGGUGCUCAGGAGGUCAAUGUCCUGUCUCUGGAGCAGAGCUAUGAGGGGAGAGGGGUCAAGCAGCCAGAGAAAGGACUCAGCCUCUUGGUGCAACAUGUGCUGGGGAAACCACUAGAUAAAACAGAGCAACUUUCUAACUGGGAGAAACGGCCUCUCCGGGAGGAGCAGAUCCUCUAUGCAGCUUCAGAUGCUUACUGUUUGCUGGAGAUCUACGAGAAACUCUGUGAGGAUCCAGAGAGCUUUGGGCUGAGCUCAGACCUGACAGAGAGUCUGGUGGGAAAGGAGAGCAUAAAACCCAAGACAAAGAAGCAGCUGAAUAAACAAGAAGCACCGUCACCUUCUGGACAGCAAUGCCAAGGAUCUGGAAUGGAGACCCUAUGUGCCCCUGCUCCCAUCUCCCCAAAGGAGUUCAGCGUGGUCUGCGAUAACAUGCUGCAAGGCCUUGGGCGCUAUCUUCGCUGCCUUGGUGUAGAUGUCCGGAUGCUGGAGAAUGACGAUGACCAUAGGAAGGCUGCUGAGAUUGCCCGACAGGAAGGAAGAGUCAUUUUAACCUCUGGACUCCCAUAUCAGACUCUGCAGUCGCAGGUAGCAGAAGGAAGGUGUUUCUCAGUGAACAGCUCAGAAAAGGCAAAAGAACAGGCCCUGCAGGUUCUGAAGCACUUCAACGUUCAAGUAUCCCUCUCGGAUAUCUUCAGCCGCUGCCAG